AUGCGUGGGCUUGGAGCCGUCAUAGAGGCGCCAAAAUGCGACAUCGGCGACAUCAAUGUGCUGCGCGACGUCGUUGAAGCAUACCGAGGCUCUAUGCCUCAGGUUGCUGGUUGUAACCAAUCCUCAAUGGUGUUGAAGGACUCGGUUCUUGCAAACAUGUCUCAUGAGGACUGGACAGCAAGUACAAAGCCAAAAAGUGCGGUGCCUGGAAAUCUCCACACGGUCCUCCCGAAAGGUCUUGAUUUCUCCGUCCUACUUUCGUCCAUAUCUGGCAUCGUGGGCUGGGUUGGCCAGGCCAACUACGCGGCAGCCAACACAUACAUGGACGCCCUGGCCCAUUACCGCCAUGCUCUAGGCGAGCGUGCAGUGGCUCUGGAUCUCGGGGCCAUAUUGGACCACGGCGUCCUCGCCACCAACGAAGCACUGCGCGAUCGCAUCUUGAGGGCUGGGAUCCUCCGUGGUGUCAGCUCCUCGGAGCUGCUUGCCUUGCUCGAUGACUUUUGCGGCCCCUCUACAGGUGGUGCCGUUGCCGGCCCGCACACGGCGGCGGCACAAGUCGCCAUUGGGCUGGCCCCUGCCUCUGAGCUAAAGGCCGCAAGCCCGCAGACGCCCAGCUCGCUCCUCUCACUGCCCUUCUAUCGACACGUCUUUGCCAGUACCGCCGCAGCCUCUCCUGAACAGACCAGCGGCGAGGAAAGCAUCCAAGCCCCGGCGGCGACAAGACUUUGUGUCCACGGGCAACACUGGCGUCAUCGUCUCCAAGGCGCUGUUUCAAUGCUUGGUCACCAUGACGCCCGGACGGCGGGAUCGCCUGGAUGCCAAUCAAUUGGAUGA